AUGGUUGAGUUUACAGCCUCGGCUAUGAAGAACCUUGUGGAACUGCUAAGGCCUCCAGAACCCGAAGUUCUUCAAGGGGAGGACUUAGCUUCUUCUCCGUACGAAAUAACUUCUACACGGGACAAAAUUCCCCCUGAAUCUACGGAGAAGAAAGCUCCGAGAACCAUUGAGGAGUAUGAGGAGCAGGAGGCGAAGGAAUCCGAGGAGGCUGGGAAGGUCGGCGCCGGGAUCGAUGAUCGCAAGGUGCCCGAGUACAGCAUGAACUAUCAGCAGGCUGUCUCCGCCGAGGAUGUGUUUCUUCAGAUCGGCCCGAAGACGCCCGGCUCAGCCAGUUGUGAAAAUCUAAUAGUCCGCAUCAAGAUGCCUGGCGACAAGAAAGAGAACGUGGAUUUGGCAGUAGACACCAAUAGCGUCACUGUCAACUCUUCGCAGUACUCCCUGAAGCUCCCAUUACCACAUGGCAUCAAUCCUGACCUAUCCAAAGCCAACUGGGACUCUGCUGACGAAACACUGGUCCUUACCCUCAAACUGGACAGGGAAUUCGACUUUGUUAAUUUCUAAAAUGUUUUUAAGGCUCUGUACAAAUCUGAUUUUUAUUCAUUCGACUAUGAUAAGGAAAGAUUUUCCCUGACCUAAUUGCGUAAUAUAGUUAAAUAGACGUACAUAUUAUUUUGAUGCGUUAGUCAUGAAAGGAUAUUUUUCUUAGCUUGUAAUUAAAUUACUUACCUAUAUUGAUUGCAUUUGUAGACUUUUUCAUUAUGAAAUGUACGGUAUUUCUUUCCGUAGAUUAUUAAUGACUCAGGCCGUAAUUAAAAAUAUAUCUUCAAAUAUGUUGAUUAAGUAUAAGAAUUUAUAAUAUUAGAGUUGCUAUGCUGGGUAGAGCACUGAACCAAUUAAUCUUGUUCGCUACUAGAGGCGAAAGUCUUAAAUUACCUAAUCAUGCGGACCAACGUCACAAUUGUUGCAUCUAAAUUACAGUCAACAGUCUGUCUAGAUGUAUUCCUGCGAGGAAUCUUGGGAAGUGUUAUGGGGUCGAUUAAACUGAACAGCUGAACAAAUUAUAUGUAUUUCUUUCAGUUUUUUUUUAUCAAACUAAAUCCCGCGCCCUACCAAUUCUUUUGACUAUUUUAGCAAGCAGCAGAAAACCAAAAACUCGUGCGUCAUAAAAUUACGUCUUCUGUUUUGUAAAAGUUUAAGGGCCUGUUUCACCAUUUUGUUGGAACUGAAGUGUCUCAUGGCACAUCCAGAACUUAUCUGUCAGAUGAAAGUCUAAUUAUCAGGACACUUCUUGCAGAUUCAUAUUUAUGUAAAAAAGCCUUUUUCAAUCAAUUUUUACCGACUUCAAAAAAGGAGGAGGUUCUCAA